CUGAUGGUUGGAGUUGGCGCGUCGUCGGUUGGCUUGUAUGUACUCGUAUGACUGUGGUUUGCGCUUCAAAGCCUUCCAUUAUAUACGUAGUGAACGUUAUGAUUGUGCAAAACUUGAUUUGUACUUAGAUUAAAAAAAAAGUUUACGUUUGUUGUGAAAGGUGUCAUUGUUUCGUGUACUGUUUUGCUGUGCUUGGAGGAAACCAACUUUGGCUUUAGCGGUUGAAAAUUGAAAUGAUAUAGAUGGGAGCGGUUAGGUUGUUUGGGGUUAGUUGCUAAAACAUUGGGUGACGUGAAUUGUAUGCCGGAAAUAUAGUGUGAUUUUGAUGUGUGUCAUCGGGCACCACGUGCAAGUUGUUUGGCGAUUACCGCAACUGUGAGAAAACUGGCACAACAAUCGAUAUAUCGUUCUAUACCUAGUGCUAGUAUCCAUCGUAUCCGUACGCCAGCUUGAUAGAUCAGCUAGGAUGUGACAGAUUCAUUUCAAUUCAAUCGACUAGAUGUUGGGAUUCCCGCAAAAUUCUCGGAAAGAAUACUCGGAUUGUUACCAAUACAUUUAAGAGAACGGCCAGUCCUCGUCUAGCUCGCGUUGUCGAAGGAAACCAAAUAUUUGUUGUGGCAUGAAACAAAAUAUUCCACAAGCGACACGGCACAGAAAUUCAAUCAAUUUCGGAAUGAGUGUUCAAUGAAACGGACAACAAGCAGAUCAAAGCGAACCGGGAACCACCCGACAACGGCACCCAUCGUGUGACCUGAUCUAUUGCGACACUGUCACCGGUCGGUGACUAGCCGUGCUGACGCAAACGGCACGUUGGCGGUCUGGAAAAGCUAAAUCGAGCUGGAGACAAGGUUAUAAUAACCAACCGAAACCCAAUUAGUGCUAUCCAUUAAUUGCUGUCAGCUACCACCAAACUGUCCAGCACCGGUUCCUUAGCAGACCAGAACGUUCAAAAUGGUAGCAUCCUUCCUCCAACAGGAGGUCAAUCUAUCUCGUCGUGCAUGCAGGAAAACACUAGAGAAAAACCGCAACCACCAAUACGAUGUACAUCCACUACCCACUGGUGCUAAUAACCCAACGCCUGGAAAGUCGAUCCAAGAAAAUGUUUUUAACCAACAACGCAUUGUAAAUAGUGAAAUGGGCAGUAGCAUACUAGCGAUUACUGAAAAUCUUAUAUUUACGGGUAAUUCCAUGCUCCCUGAAAGCGAACCGAGAUCCGUGGCAGAAGAAGUGGCAGUGAAAAGUUCCGACAGUUACCGGCUAGUAUUCAGUUGUGAUUUCAUUGCGCAAAUUUUCCUGUUAGUUAAGGGUUUAGUUAUGAAUUCGAUUAGUAAUCUUUGCCGGUUGGUGAGCUCUAGCCGAAGCAGUAGUAAUUUUAGCAAAAAACUAGUGAAAGUGUACAUGUAUGUGCUCGUGGUCAGUGUACUACUGGGAGACGGUGGUGGUUUGGUGUUAGCUAGGCCCAAUCGAAGCAAUGUAGCAACGGAUGAAGAGAACGUAGCAGCUGUGAUUUCCGAACAUCUAGUAGUGGACCGGAACACUCCAUACCCGGGUAUGAAAUUCGAGUCCUUAGGACCGAGUGAAAGUCAAUUGAAGCGUUCCGCUGAGCUAGCGUCUAUUGUAUCGUCAACAGUACCAUCGGAAGGCGGUGCCGGUGGCGGUGGCUACAGUCUUGGCAGCAUGCCAAAGCGAGACUCCGGCCACAGUGAAUCGGCGGCUGGUGGUGAUGACGGCCACGGCGAAGGUCACGAAGUCAACCGGUAUCCGGUGGCACAGGUGGAGUUCUCGCGCGUCGAGACACCGUUUGUGAUCGGCGUGUGGAUUCUGUCAGCGAGCAUAGCGAAAAUUGGCUUUCACAUGACGCCCAAGCUAAGCAAGAUGUUCCCGGAAUCCUGUCUGCUGAUCGUCGUCGGUGUCAUCAUCGGGGUGCUUUUGCGGUUUGCCACCAACCUGCACGUAUCUCCGCUGACACCGAACACAUUCUUUUUCUACAUGUUGCCACCGAUUAUCCUCGACGCGGGGUAUUUUAUGCCAAACCGGAUGUUUUUCGACAACAUCGGCACUAUCCUACUAAUGGCUGUGAUCGGUACAAUAUUUAAUAUUGCUACCAUAGGUGUUUCGCUGUGGGCGUGCGGAUUGACUGGCAUUUUCGGGGUAGAUCUUCCAUUUCUACACGUGUUUUUGUUUUCCUCCCUGAUCUCGGCCGUCGACCCCGUUGCGGUGCUGGCGGUGUUCGAGGAAAUCCACGUCAACGAAGUACUGUACAUCGUCGUGUUCGGCGAGUCGUUACUAAACGAUGCUGUCACCGUUGUAAUGUAUCACAUGUUUGAGUCAUACGACGAAAUCGGCGCUGACAAAAUCGAGGCAAUCGAUAUCAUUUCGGGUGCUGCAUCGUUCUUUGUGGUUGCCAUUGGUGGCACUGUCAUCGGUGUAAUCUGGGGCUUCUUAACUGGCCUAGUCACACGCUUCACCGAUCACGUACGAGUCAUCGAGCCGAUUUUCAUCUUCGUGAUGGCCUAUCUGGCGUAUCUAAAUGCGGAAAUUUUCCACAUGAGUGGAAUCCUGGCUAUCACGUUCUGUGGCAUUACAAUGAAGAACUACGUGGAGCAAAAUGUGUCGCACAAAUCACAUACCACCAUUAAGUACGCGCUGAAAAUGUUGUCGUCUUCAUCAGAAACGAUCAUAUUUAUGUUCCUGGGCGUGGCGACCAUAAACAACCAGCACAAUUGGAAUACCUGGUUUGUCGUAUUGACAAUAGUUUUUUGUUCUGUUUUUAGAAUUAUAGGAGUUCUAAUAUUAUCUGCGCUGGCAAAUCGAUUUAGGAUACACAAAUUAUCUAAAGUAGAUCAAUUCGUUAUGUCUUACGGAGGCCUUCGUGGUGCAGUUGCAUUCGCUUUAGUAUUACUAGUUUCGAAGGAACACAUUCCACUGCAGCCGAUGUUCGUGACCACCACUAUUGCAGUGAUUUACUUCACAGUAUUUCUGCAAGGCAUUACGAUCAAGCCAUUAGUCAGAAUUUUAAAUGUAAAGCGUUCCAGCAAACGAAAACCAACUAUGAACGAGCGAAUCCACGAAAGGUUCAUGGAUCACAUGAUGGCCGGUAUCGAAGAUAUUGUGGGCAAAACAGGCAAUUACAACAUCAGGGAUAAGUUUAAACGAUUUGACAAUAGGUUCAUUCGUCCAUACCUAAUUAAAAACUUACAGGGACCGGAACCAAAAAUUUUGGAAACCUACUCCAAACUGACGAUGCGCGACGCUAUGGACUACAUGAGGCGAAAUCCGUCCACUAUUGGCCAAAUGUCUGGAACCGAAUCGAUGAGUGCUCUGUUCCGAAAUUACACCGGUGUUUUCGGUGGAAGCCCAAGCUUUUCCAAUUUGGAAAACUCUACACGUAACUUGGACAUGCAAGAGCUAGACUAUAACCCGUCCAAGAAAGAUUUGACUGAUGCCAGAAUUCAUCAUUUGCUGUCGGUAGAACUCAAACCGUAUCGAAGGCAUCGAAGACUUAGUUAUAGUCGCCAUGCAGUGGAUGACCGGGAUCUAUCCACACAGCAAGUGAACUAUAAAAUGCAGAUGAACAUCAGACGCAUGAUUAGUGAGAAAAAACACCACAAGCGGAGCAAGCGAGUCAAGGACGGCAAACAGCAGAACCACGUCUCAUUCCCGGAAUUCGCGCAGAACGGAUCAGCCAAACAGUUUGCGAACGAUUACAUCAACGAAGUUCUGCACGAGGAUAACGAGGACGACGAUAAAAUUGCAACUGCUGGAGGCGACGACUGGGACGGUGGCGGUUUAACCUUUACCGCGAAAUCAUCGCUUGACGAAAGCUCUGAACCAUCCAAAGUUGAUAAACGUUUAUCGAAAGAUAUGAAGGAUGCAGAAGUAGAGAAUCGCGUUACAACACCCACCGCCAUAGAAGCAGUGCUGCCCUGGAAGCGGGACGUCGAAGACGAUGAAAGUGGUGCUAUCAAACAGAACGAAUUUCCCUCUUGGGCUUCAAACAAGGAAUAUCUAGCAUAUAAUUCACCAAGUGCAACAUUUUUAGGUGGCCUAACACAACCUAAACAGGCUAAGUCCGUAAUAGGUCUAUUCCGGCGGGAGAGUUCCGGCUCUGGCGGUAUCGUGAUCGGCGGGGUAACGGAUUCCGAGACAUCGACCCCGGUCAUGGCGACGACGCCGAUCGGACGCGUCAAGAAGGAUAAACGAUCGGCCUCGAUCGCUGGCUACAUCACGUUCGACGGCAGCUCCGGGGACGCCAACGGCGAUCCGCUGGGGGUUUCCAAGGCUGCCACCGCCGUUCCGCAUGCGAAUGCUUUCCCGGUAACCGCUAGCCACAGGCGUAACAAUAGACGUGGCUCGAUGCUGGAGCUGAGCGGCGAGGCGAUCCCAGAAGAAAACUACACCAAAUCUCUGCCCGAACGAGACAGAUACGGAGCCCGCAGAGGACCAACUCUAAUCAAAGCCUCGGGAACGCCCAGAUCGGCCGGCAGCAAUCACAAGUCGAACAAUCCGCAGACAACCGCCCUUCUGUCAUCCAGUUCGACCGAUUCCGAAGAGGACGAAGACGAAGAUGAGGACUGCGGUGACGAACAGCAUCCCAUUUGAGAAAUAUUCAUCUAGGUAGUCUUUACUCCUCCCGCGGUUAAAGCCUCCGCUGCAAUCCCCCGCCGCCUAUACAAGCCUUUGCCUUAGUCGACGUAAAUGUACUUAAAUCGAACACAGAAAUAGAUUACCACGGACAGCUUCUCCGGCCGAUCAGCAGCAACAGUCGGGGAGUCGUCUUCGGUGUACUUUUUUUCCAAGCGCUUCCUCCUACGGUGAGUUUGGUGGUGGAGUGAAUAAAUGUGGCGACCACACUUUGUCUCCACACAGAGAACUGCAGCAGUAAUCAGUAUACUCGGUAAAGUUAUCUUUAGGUUAUGUAUUUUUGAAAGUUUCGUUGAUUUUACCGAAACGCCCAAUGGGCUGACUAGAGCCGAUAGGGUAAACAGUUUCUUAUACUAGUGUAAAUGACUAACAAUAUACUUAUUUAUCAAAGAAAAUAGUGUACAAGAUUUUAGGAAGUCACACAGAAAAGUUUUAGGGAUGUAAACUUAAACGCGGGAACAAUAACUAGAAAAAAAUUGUAACAAUUAUUGUGAUAGGACAAGCAUAACUCGUACUUAAUAUAUGUUGUUUUAUUGAAUCACAAGAUAUUCGGUCCGAUAUCUCAUGGCAUAUUGUUAUCGUCAGCUGUGCUCAAUUUUUUAAAUACAAAAGAAUAACAGAGUGCGUCAAAGGUCAAUUUAGUUUUUAGGUUCUUUUGACCGACAUUUGUCCAGGGCCAAGAUUUUCUUACAACAAGGCUGCCCACCACUACUAAGUAACAUAGGAAAGCAAAAAUUUCAAAAUCCCGAGGGUUACAAUUUCAUAGCAAAGGGUUUUUUUCUGAGUCGUAGGAUCCUGAGGAUUCGCCUGUUGGAUUCUCAAACAAGAGUCCUGGUUCUAUAAGGACGGCAUUCUGUACGAAUCUUACGCAGAACUCCACCACACGAUUCCAAUGCGAGGAAUCCCAGAGAUUCUGUGCGAAUCUUUCUGGUGCGUCCGGGCAGCCAGUUUAACGACAAGGUCGUCAGAGUAAAUUUUGUCAUUCAGUAUGGCACCCAGGAGCUCCCUUCCUCUUCCUUCCCUUCUUCCACUUACCAACAUGCUUCAGGAAACCAUCACAAAAAAAUAAAAUUGUUUUAACUAACCUGCUUGCCGUAAAAAGAUUUUGAAACCAAUUUGUAACUACAGGUUCUAUUACUGUUUGGGUCAUAAGUUACACUAAAUAUUGAGAUUUAUUCACAAUUAAAAUUCACAACUAAAUUUUCACUUUUUCGCCGACGAUUUUUUAAUAAUUUUUUUCGACUCUACAACUCGUCGAAUCACUCGUGAUCGUUACUUUACGUUACUUAUUACUUUGAGGCACAUAGAACUUUGACUUACCGCCCGAGAUAUUACCACCAUAGAGAGAUAUUAUAAUGAUUAUAUGAUUAUAAUGAUGCCUAAAGUGUUCAUCAAAAUUUUUAAUUCGUUUCGACUGCAAACGCAAAUCCACGACAGUUGUUUAUGUUAUACACGUAACCAAGGCAAUGGACGAAGAGCGUAGAUAUAGAGUAAUGCCAACCUAAAUAUUUGAACAUGAAUUUGAACAAUUAUUUUCGCUUUGAAUUAACGGUCGUAAAGCAACGAAAAUAUAAAAAUAAGAUUCACUUAUUCACUGAUUCAAGAUUAAUUAUUAAUAAAAUUCACUGUAAACAGUAUUUUAUAUGAUAGAAUUACUGUCGGAUCAAGUUCAUCAGCAAAAAUAGAUUCGCAAUUCUAUGUUUCAUAAUAUUGUUCAUAGCAGAAUAAUGCCUGCUCUGCUCUGUUCUCCUGCUAUUAAUAGAGUUAGCUUGUAAAUAGGUUGGAUUUAGCUAAAGCGUGAUUAAAACUACUCAAAAUGCUACUAAAGUGACGAACUCAGAUUAUGAGUAGUUUCUCAACCAAAAAGUUGGUAGUAGGAAUGUAAACCCGUGUUAUAUGUCACAGUACCCAAUAUUGAUUAGAUUUUCUAUUCAAAAUCUGAAUUUGCACACUUUAGGGGCAAUUUGAGUAGUUUCAAAUAAAAUUUUGGGUCAGUCCCGGCGUAGUGGUUAGCUUUCAUGCCUCUCAUGCCGAGGACCCGGGUUCAAAUUUCAGCCCCGCAGAAGUCACGAAUGACCCAAGCUGUUAAAGUGAUCUAAACAAAAAAAAUAAAAAAAUAAAAUUUUGGUAAAUCCAACCUAUUUACAGGAAAACUCAUUCAAAAGUGUGGAAAAAGUUUCAUACACUCUAAAAAUCACAUGCCUUCUACGUGAUAAAUGAGUGUAACAAUAACGAUAGCGUUAGCAGGACUUAAAAGUGUAGCAAUCAGUAAAAAACACCUCGCUGAAAACAAUAUUUCAGAACAGAAGACGAACUCAUGAUGAUCAAUUUAGUAAUUUUUAAAUCUAUAGAUGACAUACAGAAAGAUUUUUUUUCUGUUUUAUAGGUUUUAUAGGACUCUGCCGCGCUAUGGCAUAAAUUUUUUUGAAAAGUCAAGGAGUUUAGGUGCGAAGAAUGAUAAACUAGAUGAAACUGGGAAAAUUUUGAUGCGGGGCCAAAAAUAUAUUGGUUCGUUCAAUGACAGGUGUUUUUGCAAUUAAACUACCUCCGCACCCUUAUAUUGGAUAGUUUCAUAUUUACUUUUGUCCCUCCAGUUUAAAUCAACCGAAACUUUUGCCAAGCUAUUUGGUGUAGCAGGCAUAAACACUUAAAAUGCCUGCUGAUCGGAAGCGAAAUAUCUAUCGGUUAGAAUAAUAAGCAUGUAGUACAAUUAAAAAGAAUAGUUUGCAGGUUCCAGUAAGAUGUUUAACAAAGGAAUAUUAGUUAUUCUAGUUGAAAAUGCUUCGAUCAGGGCCAAGUUUACUGUUAGCUGCCUGUUUUAUGAAAACAGUUGAAACGAUUCGUGCUACAUUACUCUCGUUUUAAAAUGGUUAUUACCUGGUAGAUCACAAGCGACUCUUUUCUUGAUUGGUUGAUCCGUUUGGCAGUUGCGAGGGAAAAUAUUAUCUCCGGAACUUCUAAACCGAUUUCAGUAUCAAACAAAACCAUUUGCUUUUGCCGAAGUUUAGCAAACUUUUAAUAGAAAUGAAUAGUGGCUUAAAAGUUAGUCAAUUUAGAUCAGUUAGUCGUCUGUUUCUCAGAGAUGGCCAAAUCGAUUUUUGCGCUUUUAGUUCCGUUUUUUUGUUCGAAAGAGUUUUACAAUUGACGCUAAUAUUUCUUCUAAAUUAGACAGAAAUUCGCCAUGCAGCUAAAUGACUUAUGUACUUAAACCUUGAUGAAAUUGGUUGAGAAAACUUUACUGGAAUAGAAACAGAAACGUAUGAAUAGUUAUAUAUUACUAGCUGCAGCUCGCGUGCGUCGCAUCGUGUCUAAUUGAGAGCGAAUCGGAGAUGAGGGUAGGGUAGGGGCGCGUAGGGAGAGAGCUACGAUACUUACCACGAAAAUAUGACGUCCUAUCAGAGACCUGGUUUUGGUUACAGACGAAAUAAGACUCUUUUAGUACGUGGUUUAAGUUCUAGCGAAUGAAUAUUUCAUUUAGAAGUUAUUGAAUUUUUACAGUUUAAUGAAAAUGCUUGACAAAUUAUAAAUUUUAAGUCUCAUCCAAGUGAACAUUUGUAGUGAAUUCAUUUUUGACAUGUCCAUAAAAUUCUGGAAAUUUUGAUAUGCCGCAUGACCAGUUUUUGUUAAAAUCACGGAUUGUCCCUUUUCCUUGUGCCUUCCGGCAGCCGUUCUCGGAAUAACCUAAGGACGAUCCGUAAAUUCAUGCACGCUGCCUUUUAGAUUUUGUCCAAAUCUACAACUUUGCUGAACAUUACUUGGUUCUAUCUUGUUGUUUAAACGUCAUAAUAAACAUGGGUACACGGAUACCCCGUCGCCCUUCUACCACCCCUAUUCUGUAUUUCGAACGAGUUUAUGUUUCGAUCGAAACUGACAUUUCGUUCGAAAAAACAGCGGUUCGAACAAAAGAUCUUCAUAUGAAAAAACAACUCGAACGAAAUAUUUGCCAAGUCAAAAAAGGCAAAAAUCGUCGCCCACACAAGGAUUAGAAAACUGAGCAUUGCUGACGUGUAAAUAAAUAACAACUCCAAAUUUUGUGCAUCACAUUUCAGUUUGACACUCGUUAGUAGACCUAAGUAGGCUUAAAUUUAACUUUUCUCAAAUCAUCAGCAAGAAAUAAAAAGGAAAUAGAACAAGGUACAACUGCAUCACUUCAUUUGACAUGAUUUAGUAGGAAUCAACUGAAAGCCAAACGCAUUUAUUAUAUAGCUAGCUAGUGAGCGUAGUUGAAUCGACUGUCUCUGACUUCCUAAAACGGUAUAGUGUUUACCUGCUAUUCCCAAAGACAUUCUUAGUUAGUGAAGUGUAACGAACGUAACGAAUUCAUUACAGUUGCAAAUUAACGUACAUUUAAGCCACAGCGCAAAACUUUACGCACUUCUUUCUGUUGUUACCUAAGACAACCAGCGGUAUUAUUAUUCAAAUGAAAAACAGCAAAAUAGUGGAAAUAAGUAGUCAAAAUGGCAUAUACUUAGCACUAGAGAAGAUGAAGUGUAAGAUUACAAUUUUUAAUGGUAGCGUUUCAUUGUCAAACAGUCACAAUUUCGCCGAUAAGACCAUAUCACUAUUUUAGUAAUUUUUAUAUGAGCUGCAACUUAUUUUAGUAGCUUAACUAUGACUUACUAUGUAUGUAUUUUAUUUAGUAAAAUUUUCCUAAAACAUUAUUUUGUUUUUAUUUUUGAUUGUGAUAAUUUGAUUGGUAAGUAUUUUUUUAUUUCUUUUCCUUUUUUGAAGCAGAAAAUAAUUAUGAGUUUCGUUUUGUUUUGCGUAGCAAAAAACCUAUAGCCACAUACACAUGCCCAAAUCGCGGGAAACUUGAAGACUCCUAGUAGAAUUGUGCUCUGAGCAUAAAUUUCCCGUAAAGUCUGGUGAACGUAUCGACAGUAGAACUGAUCAUUCAGGGGCAACUGAAACGAUUCUCCUAUCACACGUUAAUCAGUUGAAAGCAAAUCUGUGUCUGAUGACAAAUGAUGGACUCAGCAAGUGGUUUCCAGUUACUUUGAAGCGAAAAGAACAGCCAAAACUGAAACAAGACAAACCGGUGUGCCGAUGUGCAUACGAAACGAAUCGAAACCAAUGGACGGCCAUCUGGAAGAACACCUGCUGCGAAACGUCCAUCUUGUUGAGCCUUAGAAGUUAUAAAACUGAGCUGAUGUGAAGAAAUUAAACACGAAAACUAUGAACAUGCAACUUGAAAUCGACUGGUAGUUAAUAAGAGAGGAAAAUAAAAACCUAAACCAAAUGGUUUUAAAAAAAUUCACUAUAUUUUUCCAGCAACGGGAGAGCGGCGAACUGAGUGAAUGAUGUGCGGUUGCGCAACUUACAAUGGAUGACUGUUUUUUACAGUGUAGGUUAUGACUUAUGAUCCAAUUGGCUAAAAAUAUGUGUAUAUUCUUCAAUCAAAAUUCAAAGUUUCUUUUUUAUGAGAGAUAUCUAAAGAAAAAUCUGAUUAAUAAAAGUUUAUGCUGAUGUGAUUUCAUAAUGAGAACAGCAAAUAAGUAUAAUGAAAUGCUGAACAAGGAGAGUAAGAACGCAACGUUAAACCCAACUUGAGAUUAUAAUAAAUUUGAACUGUAAGAUAAAAUAACAGAAUAAAGUUUACUAGAUUACUCCUAAUAGGAUAAAAUUUGUUGCUAAAAAUUGGGAUGAUGGUGCGGAAAAAUGUUU